AUGCCAUCCCCAGAGCCUCAGCCUGAAGAGCAGCAGCAGCAGCAACAAGAGCAGCAGCAGCAGCAGCAACAAGAGCAGCAGCAGCAGCAGAAGCAGCAGCAGCAGCAGAGUUACCCCGAGGCCCCCGCUCGCAGGUGGACAAGUCAUUGGCGCCGGCAGAGCCUGAGGCUCCGGAAGCAGCAGCAAGAUCAGAAGCAGCAGGCGCAGCAAGCAAAGCAGCAGCAAGAGCAGCAGCAAGAGCAGCAGCAAGAGCAGCAGCAAGAGCAGCAGCAAGAGCAGCAACAAGAGCAGCAGCAAGAGAAACAGCAGCAACAGGAGCAGCAGCAAGCGCAGCAGCAAGAGCAGCAACAAGAGCAACAGCGAGAGCAGCAGGAGGCAUGCGAACCUGAGCAAGAGCUGCAUCAGCAGCAGCAGCAGCAGCAGCAGCAGCAAAAGGAGCAGCAAAUUCCGGAGCAGCAAGUGGAGCCGCAACACCUCCAGAGCUGGUUGGCAUCUGCUGCAGCAAAUGCUGCAGCUGCUGCAGCAGCAUAUGACGUUCCGUGGGAGCAGCAGCUGCAGCAAGAGCGGCAGGAGCUGCUACUAUCCCAGCAGCAGCAGCAGCUGCAGCAGCAGCAGCAGCAGCAGCAGCUGCAGCAGCAGCAGCAGCAGCAGCAGCAGCUGUUACUGCAGCAGCAGCAACUCUUUCAUUUCACUGGAAAGAGCAGCAGCUGCUGCUGCCGGAAGCCGCAGCAGCUCCCACACACUGUGGUUUACACAGCAACAUGCAGCAGCAGCAAAACUGCUGCAGAUGCAGCAGGCGGAUGCUGCUGUGACUGCUGCAGCUACAGCAGUGCUGCGGCUGCUGCUGCUGCUGCUGCUUCUGCUGCUGCUGCUGCUGCAGCAAAGGCUACGAAGUGGGGGUGGCUCUUGGGGGCCUUUGCCGCAUCUUUUGCCUUCAGUUUGCUGCUCAAGUGGCUCGACAGCAAUGCACAGAACCCCUCAAACACUACGCCAGCAGCAGCAGCAGCAGCAGCAGCAGCAGCAGCAGCAGCAGCAGCAGGCAGCAGCGCAGCAGCAGCACCCGGGACAGGGGAGACAUGCAGCGUUUGCUGUCGCUGCAUGUGCUGCCCCGUGGCUGCUGCUGCAGCUCCUUCUGCUGCAGUUGCUGCUGCGUAUUUGAGGUGUACGUACACCCGAGCUGGCUUUGUGCGCAUCGGGCAGCAGCAAGAACUAAAGUGUGUUCGGCUGCAGCAGCACUUUCAUUCGAAGUUCAUCAAGUUGGUGGUUUUUGCUGCAGCAGAUUAUAUCAGUUCCCAUGCGGUUGCUCAGGUACGGCCGCCUCUUGCUGCUGCUGCUGCUGCUGCUGCUGCGGUUGCUGCAGCUGCGGCAGUUCCUGCUGCUGCUGCUGCUGCGGCAGCUAUUCCUGCUGAGUAA